GCCCGCGCUUCGAGCCUGCUCUGAAAGAUUUAUGCCGACGGACCCCGGGCAGAGGGAGGCAGGAGCGUCUUCUCUUUAUAUGCGGGACGCUUACGGGUCUGUCUUACAGGACGAAAAGAACACGCCCUGGGGGACCGACAGCCAAAAUCACCCCGUGCUUUUUUUUUUGUCAGAAAAAAAAAAAUCCUUCUUGUAUGCGUGUGUUUUUAAGUGCACAUGGGCGCGCUCCCGCGGGCCCGGCCCCCUCCUCCUCGGGACCGCGCAGCGCCCUUGAGCUGCGCUCGCUCCCGCCGUCUCGGCUUGUUCGCUGACAGCCAGCGGUGCGAGAACACGCCAGCGACAGCCCCGUCCCUCCCGGCGUGGACAUACAGCUGCCCCGCAGGACGACCAGCCAGUCCCACGCCCGUGGCUUCAGCCCGACGCAGUCGUCGUUUCGGGUUUAUUUUUCUAUUUUGUUUACUUUUUGUUUCAUUUGGCAGCGCCGCCAGGGUACCCCCUCUCACCCUCCCCAGCCAAUAUGAAUCCGUCGUGCAGCAGAUGUAACAAGGUGGUGUACCCGACUGAGAAAGUGAAUUGUCUGGACAAGGUCUGGCACAAGGCGUGCUUCAGCUGCGAGGUCUGCAAAAUGACUCUAAACAUGAAGAAUUAUAAGGGCUUCGAAAAAAAACCGUACUGCAACGCACACUACCCCAAGACCACCUUCACCAGCGUGGCAGACACCCCCGAGAACCUGCGGCUCAAACAGCAGAGCAAGAUGCAGAGCCAGGUGCUGUACAAGGAGGAAUUUGAGAAGAACAAGGGGAAGGGUUUCAGUGUGGUGGCCGACACGCCGGAGCUGCAGAGAAUCAAGAAGACGCAGGACCAGAUCAGUAACAUCAAGUACCAUGAAGACUUUGAGAAGAGCCGGAUGGGUGGGGAGGGACACAGCCAAACCCCCCCUCCUCACGGCACCCCAGGUAAGUCAGCAGGCUGGCCCAGGACUGGGAACAUGGCUCUGCCUGUAUUGCCUUUUUUGCAGAAGCGGUACCGGGCGGUGUACGACUACGUGGCCGCGGACGAGGACGAGGUGUCCUUCCAGGACGGAGACAUGAUCCUGGACGUGCAGCAGAUCGACGAGGGCUGGAUGUACGGCCGUGUGGAGCGCACCGGUCAGCAGGGCAUGCUGCCCGCCAACUACGUGGAGGCCAUCUGACCUGGGCGCCCCGAGACGGGGGGGGGAGGGGGAGAAAGGAGUGGGGAGGGGCUGGAGGGAGGGUGAAGUUUCCAGCGCCAUCUCACUUUACUUCGCUCUCUCUGCUGAUCAUGAUUCUGCCGUUUCCUCCCCGCCCACACCCACCUGGGCUCCUCUUUGCCGGGCUGCGCUGUGCUCUGGGUGCUAACAAGCCUGUGUCCUCAGUCCUCUGCAGUGUCAGCCCCCCACCCCCCCUCCCCCUCCAGGGCUCCCACACCCGAGCGCACCUCUGCAGGCUCCUGCCACGCACAGCGCCACACUCUGGCAGCCGUCCAUUAAGAUCUCCCAUUCCCGUCUGCCAGUUAUUUAUAAAAACAGACACGUUCAUUUUCCUGUUUUCUGAAUCAUUCCAUUCUCUUUUUUUAAAAAAAGUCUUCGGUAUACAUAAUUACAUUUUCAAUCAAGUUACCAGUGCCACAGAAAGCCUUUAAAAUAAUAUAUAUAUAUAUGCAUUUACACAUACAGUAUAUACUCUUGCUUCUCGAUCGUAUAGCUGUGAGAAUCGUGUGGGGGGGCUGAUAGAACUGGAAUCUGAUACAAGAAACUGAGACACCCCACCCUCCAGCGCCUUCUUAAUAAGACACAGCUUACCAGCUAUGCGAUACUGUUAUUAUCCUGCAAGCUUAGCUCUGGCCUUGUGAAUGCGCUGAUGCCUCUAUGUAUCCAGUGUGCGACGCUGUCUCCGUCUUCUUAAUGCAGAGCUCCACCGCAGUACCGUGGAGCUUGAGAAACCCUCCACACCUCCAGAAGCAACUGCGCUUGGUCCACGGGAUUCCAUGACGUUUUUUUUUGGGGGUGGGGGGUGUUUAUGUCAUCUGUUCAAGCACCGGGGGUCCACUGCCAGAAAUGUGCAGACAGUGUGGCCCCUGCUGUAAACCCAGCGAGAGAGGAGCUUCAUUUCGGUUCUUCCUUGUAGAGUUGUGGAGUUGAAGGCACUUGAUCUCGUUUUGAGAUCAUUGUGGAUCAAGAGCAGGGUCUGGAUGGCAUUAAAAGGAGGUGCUGUAAGUCCUAGGAACGUCAUCGCCCAGCUGUGCUAUGCACUGAUUCACAAAGAUUUAGGCAUAUAUGGUCUAUUACAUGGCCGUAUGUAAACAGUUUAAGAAGGAGAGCUUUUGCACAGCAGUUCAGCGAAUGGAAUUUUAAAAGUCUGUGCCUCUGAAACGAAGCUAUUUUUUUUCUGCCUAAAAUAAUCUCGCUGUUCGCGUGUCCCUCUUUGAAAGCUACCAGGAGGCUAUUGUAAUGUCUAGUGUGGCGGAGUUUGUUUUUGCUAGCGACAGCCAAGAUCUGCCAGGUCCCUGUUAACGUUGAACUCAGUGCUGUGCUGUAAGUUUCUGUAAGUCAAGGGGCCAAGCACCUGUUUCUGAAAUGGGAAAAAAAAAAACAUGAUCAUGAAUUUUACACUUUAUUCUUUUAUUUUAAGAAACAUUCCAGACAUUAAUCCACAACAUAGAAAGAUGUGGAUUAAAACGGCGAUGAUAAAGGCUGAGGGCAUUGCUGUUAUUAGCAAUGUUAUCAGGAUUAUUUUUUGCUUCUUCACCCUCACUGUCCUGUUUUCUGAAGAAAGGGAGUAUAUUUUUUUAACUUGAACCGUUAAUCUUCUCUCUAACAAAACGGAAGGCGGGAAGUCGGGUCGGUGUUUUGCGCUGGACGGCCAGAGCCGCAGGCAGUCCUGCAGGAGGUGACCGCAGUGCGGUUUCAGAGCUGACCUCGACACCCAUGUCUCAAAGCCGCCUUUCUCCACCGGCUUCACAGAGCUGCUGGACCGGCCACCUUGGUUGGUUGUCAUUGGCUAAAACGCCUACAAGGUCUUUUGCUUCAGCACCGAUAUUUGCUCCCACUUUUAUUUAAAAAACAGAACCUGGAGUCCUUUUCCGAGAUAGAUCCAGCCAGCGUGGUGUUGUCCCACCCGGGAUCACAGCCCUUAGCCUUGGUACUCCAGAGGAGCCGACGGGCUCUUCCGUCACGCUUCAGAAGUGCACCCUGAGGCCCCGCCGGCACCCCUGCUGGCUUUGACGUGUUCAGUCAGCGCCUGUGGCACCAAGACGAAGACUAAGAUGGGUGCUGUGGCGUAUGUGAACAUCAUGCCCUCUGCUCCUGCUAAUCCAUUACAAAAGAGCAGGGUCUGCUUGUUUCCGUGUCUUGCAGAGAGAUCCUUUUCACUUGCUCUUGUAGUUGCAUCGGAAGUCGGAAAAGAUGGAGCAAAUUUUGACGCUGGAGCAAAAGGUUUUGGAAGCCGGUCAGCACCUUAACUGGGCCUUCUCUGUAGAAAUCGGGGGGAAGCUGCACCAAAAUGGGGUUGCUGGGCUGGGGUUGGUUCUGGGCUCUGACUGACCUGGCCUCCUCCUCCUCCGGUGGUGGGGAGCAGUGUGUAGCAUCGAAUCUCUCUGCACAGUGCGCACACAGAGUCCUGGCCUUUCCCAGCAGGAACAUCCCUAGCUCAGCCAUUCUGGAUGCGCAGACACACCAAACCCCAGACAGGGGACAAUACCGGGCAAGCACAGUAGCCGGUACCUGGACCCCCGUGCAGGGUCUGACACACAUAUUUGCAAAUCUUGGAGGGCAGCGGCAAUCCUGUGGAUACUGCUUGCAACGUGGCAGGGUUCUGUGUGCGCAUCACAUGUAACAGUCCAGCAUAUCGCCAGGGUCUUCCUAACAUUCCAUCUCACGUGUGUUAUCAGUGACAUUCCAUUAAAACCCAUGUCUGCUAUUUUUAAUGCUGCACUGUGAUUUAAAAGAGCAGGGGGGGAGGAAAAUAUACUUUUAUUUUUGGCUAUUAAAAUGGAAAGGAAUCAAGGUGUAAUUUAUGUAUGUAUAAAUUUAGAUUUUAAAAAAUUCAGGAUUUAAAAAAGGGAUUUUGGGAUUUUGAAGGGGUAAAAACGUCAAAUCCAAGGUGUGAAGCAUUGAUGUUGUCCAUUCCAUCCAUGUUUAUCAGAAAGAUGAGUGGCCCGAGUCGUGGGUGGGGCUGGGAGUGGGUAUGAACCGUGCUGUGGAUUUUGUAGGAGGUGAAAGUUAGUGGAACUACUUGGAGCCCCUUGUUAUUAUAACAGAUGGCUUUGAUCUGGAGUCAUGUGCCCACAUGCCUUGUACACAACAUGGCAGGUACACAUGUGUCUUAGAUCUUGCCUUGACGCAUUGUGUGGGGCCUGACACAUAUGUUGUUGAAAAAAGAUAUAUUUACAACAUAGGUUUGUAGUGAGGGAAGGAAAUUAGCCCGUUCUGCUGUGUUAGGAAAGAGGGCUUGUUGCUGUAGAGCUACAGGGGUUUGCUCAGUGUUGGAGACCUGCUCUUGAUCUCCAGUUUGUCCAGUGUGUGAUAGGAGGGACCAGGCAUCACCCAUCCAGUAAACUCGCCCUCCAGGUCUGUACAGCGGAUCCUAAUUUCUACCCAUCACACGCGCUGUCCUUCAUAAGAAAACCUUGUACUGGACACUUCCAGAUGUGUCUUCUUUGAUAGAGAAGGACAUAGUGCAGCAGUUUUCACCACAACCUCAGGGCCACUUCACACAGGCUGCAGGCUACUGGAGACCUUUCUCCAGGGUAUGAUAGAAAGUGUGUUUUUUCUCCCAGUUUACGGCCACACAAGUGGAGACAGCCCUAUUACGUAGGGGAGAGGGGGUCUACGUAGUUUUCAAGAACUGUACAUUUCAUUUUUCAAAGAACAACUGGAUGUUUUACUGCUCAUUUUAAACUGUAUUCUGGUGCAUUGUCCUGGGCUACUGGGUGACACUGGAGGGUAUCUCCCAGGGCAGCCUCUGGAGUUAAUGACAAGGCGCUAUUUCAGCAGGGAGCUGAGCAGUUACUGGUUAUUGGUUGGAGAUGGUGAUGCACUGACGUGGUAGGUUUUACUGUGUCUUGGAGCUCAGGAGAUCUUUGAAAGGGCUGAUCUAGCAGUGGGAACAGCUAGGAUGGUUUGCUCCUAGGUAGGGUCUUUCAGCACACCUGUUUGCGUUUUGGUGCUGGGAGUGGUCACUCCGCGACUCUCCACUUCCUGGUAUGUGAUCAGAGCCUUAGUCCCCUGACUAUUCUGUGUCUCUCAAUUAAUGGUGGGGUUGAGGGGGGUCUUGAUUCACUCUGCCUUAUACACACUCUUCCCCAUUUCCCUGACCCUCCUUCCCCAACCUCAAGGGACCGUUAUCCCCAUUCAGUUUCUCGGCUUCUCCCGUUUUCCGCCCCGAUCCGCCCUCCCGGUUCGUCUUUCUGCCUGUCCUCAAGGGAGCGUUUCAGCCCAGGAGAGGUGAUCGACCAGUACGCUUUAUUUGUGCUAAACUGUCUUAAUUUUUUUAUUGUUAAAAUUUCCUUUUAUUUUACAUGUUGGGGGGGGGAACCCCGAAUUAAGAAACCAAUGCAUUCCAUAUUGAGGUCGUGGUCGGUUUCCCCCCGUCCUGAUUUUCGUUAGUACUCGCCAAUCCUGUGAUCUCUCGAGGUUCGUUCAACAUCCCUGCUGUCUGCGUCACAGCAUUGACACCUGUACUGACCGAAUCUCCAAAUUCAAUAAAUUGUCAUUUGUACCCAG